AUGGAUAGUUGCAACGAGAAAAAUAUUCCCCGGGCGGGUACCAACUUAGUUGGAGAAUCCCGCACCCUCUCAGAGGAGAGGGUCUGGCCCACGUAUACGGGGGGCGCCACCGCUGCAAUGGAGGAGAGGAGUAAAGAGACGAACGACGACUUUGGCACGAAUUUGGUUAACGAUAAGCACGACGGAAUGGCUGCGAUGUCGACGGCUAGCGAAGGAGAAGGCUCCAGGCACACGACCCGAACACCGGUUGUGCAGCUGGAGCGAAUACCGGAUAUGAAAAGCGGAUCGCGGGCAAAGACGCCCGUGUCUGAUUUGGCACUGACCACAGCAAGCGAGGGAGAGAGUGGAUCGCGGGUGACGACGCCUGUGUCCACUGGCUUGUUUUACAAACCCGGAAGCGGAAGUGAUGAGAGCGGUAGUGAGUCUGCUGUCUCUCAGAACAAGGACGAGACAAGGAAUCGCUUCCGACGCAAGAGACGUGGUAGCGAGUUGGAGGACAGCCCGGAGAAGAACAGAGGUACGGUUACAAAACCCUCCUCAAAGCGUGGUAGAGGGAGACCUCCAACCACUGGUCAAUACGUUGGCAUGGCGAAAGCCAAAAGGGACUACCUGGAUGAGAAAGAAAGGGCUAUGGCGGUUGAAGCUGAGCAGGAAAUAAUGGACUCGGCACGGAGGAUACCGCUGGACCGGUUACACCGGAUGUCGGAUGCCUCCGAUAACUCGGAUAGGACAAUGAUGGAGGAAAGGGAAGUCACGGCGGCCUCUGUGGGCGCCGUCAUCUCAGAGAGUUUGGGGACCAUAUCCAAUGUGGCCAAAAAGUCCAAAAACUUAAAGGGAACUUCUGUCGCCGCUCUAAAUAAGGCGACUCAGGCCAUAAGGGAGGCGUUUUCGGCCAUAGUCAACCGAACGACUUCUGAAGAGACGAAAGCACUAGAGGCGGCGAAUGCUCGUCUUUCCAGAGAAAUCGCCGACCUGAAAGCAGAGUUGGAGGCCGUCAAGCGCAAGCUUACUGACGCCCAUCCACAACCCCCUCCCGUCAGCAAGGGACUGGAUGUGGAAGAGCUUCUACAGCGGGCGGUGCGCGAGGCGGUCUCGCUGACGAGCGCCCGGAUGGACGCGCGGCUGGAGGGUCUCGAGGCUCGGCUCUUGCCGGAGCCACGCCUAAGACCUCCUCUGGCCGCAGACAAGAGAAAUGACGAAGCCCAAGGCGCAGCGGCAGCAGCGUCGAAAGCCAAGGAGAGGACUCCGGAGCCUGAGCCCGCGGUGUCAACCUUGAUGCCCCCUUUGAAUCCUGGACCGGCUCUGAAAAAGAAAAAGAAAAAAGUUAAAAAGACGGCCGCAGCCGUAGAAGCGGCAGCCGCUAGACGCGAUGCUGCCCCAUCUACGGCUGCGAAGGGACCAGAUCCGGCUGAGCAAUGGUCGGAAGUGGUCAAGAGAGGAGGAAAGGCUCAGAAGAAGGGCGAGGGCAGGAAGGAAGGGCCUAUACGGGAAGGACAGACUAAGAAAAAGAAGAAGAGAAAGAGUCUCCGCGCUCCUAAAACUGCCGCAGUAGUAAUAACCCUGCAGGCAGACGCGGAAAAGAGAGGCGUCACGUACAAAGACGUAAUGGACAAGGCCAAGGGGAGUCUGGAUAUCGUCACCCUCGAGAUCCCCGCGGUCAAGUUUAAGCGGGCCGUGACCGGGGCCCGUAUGUACGAGGUCUCGGGAACGGCCUGCAAGGAAAAGGCGGACACCCUUGCAAGUAAGCUGAGGGAGGUCCUAGGAGAGGAGGAUGUGCGCAUAUCUCGACCACAGAAGUGUGCCGAGCUUCGAAUAUCGGGUCUGGAUGACUCCGCCACUGCAUCGGAGGUUGCCGCGGCCAUAUCAAGAGCUGGUGGCUGUGCAGCUGAGGACGUUAAGGUGGGAGAAAUCCGAGUGGAUAGAAGUGGCCGCGGCACGGCCUGGGUAAAGUGCCCGGUCGAGGCCGCAAAGUUAAUAACAGCGCCUAACACCAAGCUGUACAUCGGGUGGACCGUUGUGCGCGUGACGCUUCUAUCGGCGCGCGUCAUGCGGUGCUAUCGGUGCCACGAAGCCGGACAUACGCGGGCGACCUGCCCUUCCGAUACUGACCGUGGAGACUUGUGUUUCCGUUGUGGCCAACCUGGCCACACAAUCAAGACAUGCGGGAACCCUCCCCAUUGCGCGCUGUGUGCGGCGAACGGGAGAAAGGCGGAUCACGUCGUGGGGAGCACACCCUGCAAGAUACCGCAGAAGAAGGGAAAGGGCUCCAAUAAGAGCCAAUCGCUCAAGGCUGCUACUCCAUCUACAGUAGCCUCUGGAGCGGGAGUGGCCCCCAUGGAAGCCCAAUAA